GGUUGAGGUGUACUGACAUGGGUGGCUAUAGAGAGUGUGUUUAGCGGUGAUGUUUUGGAGGCAAUGGACCACAUCUUGAAGUACAUGUGGACUGCUUACCCUCCACAGCUGAAGCCUGAGUUCAAGGAGCACAUUGAGAAGUACCGCUCUGUGGUGCCCAGGGCGGUGUCGAAGUUCCAGCUGUACUCUUUGUUUAUCGAUAGGCAAAGCCGUGUUGAUUAUGAGCUUGAUAGACUGCUACGUGCGAAUUCCCUUAAGCGGCUGGUGGCCAGCGAUGAUGAGUUGUUUAUCAAGACCGAGGACUACGUAGCUUGUGUUAACGAUGCUUUGGUUGAAGCGCAUAGCUGUGCUGCCACCGUAUCGCUCUUAGAGAGGUUCAGGGAGUGGAUUCAGAGGAGUAACGAGUCGGUAUCAAUUUCCAAACAGGUGAUGGAUUUUACACCAGAUGAGAUGGUUGAGCUCACCACCAUGGAGUUCUUCUCCAUCAUACCGAGGGAGUGCGAUAAGCUGAACUUGUCGGUCCCUAAACUAGGACUUGUAAUUACAUUGCAACAGUUAAGUACAACGUUUGUGCUUAGGAGCCUGAACGCUUGCAAGUGGAGGGAGAUGAGGGUGCUUGACUUGAAUAAUAAGUGGAAUAAGAACAAAUCGAGGUUCAACAAGCUCAAAGGACUUUCCCUUAGAUGGUGUUUACAUAACUUGGCUGGCAGGGGAACCGUCGAGGUGUUUAGAACUGCCACCUCCAAUGACAGAGCUAUAAGAAUUGUACUAUAACAGCAAGGGUGACGAAGUUUUGAUGAUUAAACAAGUAGAUCAAUUAAGAUGCUUUCGAUGAACUUACAUAUUAGAGAGAAGAAGCAAAAGAAGGUUUUACAUUCUCUUCACCAUUCUGUUUUUAGCUCUUCUUUCUCUCUUUUCCUUCUUCUUCUUAUCAAGUUUAUC